AUGGAUGAGAAUUUAGGUUUUUGGGCCAUAUUAAAGCGAGAGAAAAUGAAGGCAUCACACAUUGCAGUCUGUGCCAUUCUGGUGCUGCUCUUGGCUGAAACACAAGUCUCAAUGGCUGUGACAUGCACACCAACUCAGCUGAGCCCUUGCAGGAGUGCAAUAACUUCAUCAUCACCACCAACUAAAUUGUGCUGCAGCAAACUUAAGGAACAACAGCCCUGCCUUUGCCAGUACCUCAAGAACCCAAAUCUUAAGAAGUAUAUAGAUCCUGCUAAAGCCAGGAAGGUUGCUGCCGCUUGUGGGGUUCCCGUCCCCAAGUGUUGAGGGCCUUGACCUCUACCUACAGGGACUCUGUCUCUCUUAUCCUUGUGCUUCUUGCUACGUAGAGAGAGAGAGAGAGUCUACUUAAUUAUUCUAUGUUUAUCCUAAUCUGUGAUCUCUUUGGAGAUUAGUUUGUGGGCACUAGUUAUUAUGAAAAUAAUGUCACUCCCUUUACCUCCCUGCUCUUGCUACAUUGUAGUGACAGUGAGGAAAAGUGAAAUUUCUAUUUCUGGUGUGGUCUAUGGCAUAUAACUCUGUGUGUGCGCGCGCUUGCUUGCUUGCUUAUAUGA